ACCAUGCGCGGUCACCUCUGCCCCGGAAGUGGUUGCGAUGCAGCGUCUGAGUUAGCAUGCACAAAGUUCAAUUCCGCUAGAUGAAUUGUGUUUUCUCGUGUGUGUGUGAAACCAUUCCAAUUGCUAGUGAAAUCACCCCUGCCUGCUCUGCUUAAGACACGUGAUCAAUGACGGCUUUGGUCAGCCAUGGCUGCCGUGUCAUGGAAGGAGAUGCUACUUUUGACUGGACUGGUGGUGGGAUGUUACUGGAACAGUCUGGCGUGCGGCUUUGCGUUUGAUGAUGUCUCUGCAAUCCUCGACAACAAGGACCUUCGACCGUCAACUCCUGUCCGCAACCUUUUCCUCAAUGAUUUCUGGGGGACGCCCAUGGCUGAGGAGAGGAGCCAUAAGUCCUACCGACCCCUCACCGUAUUCACCUUCCGGCUGAACUACCUCUUCAGUGAGCUGAGCGCAGCUUCAUACCAUCUGCUCAAUGUGGUUUUACACGCUGUGGUGUGUGUGCUUUUCCUGCGAGUGACCCGAUUGUUCCUGGAUGGGACUUUCAGCUUGGUGGCGGCUCUGCUGUUUGCUGUGCAUCCCAUUCAUACCGAAGCUGUCACAGGUGUGGUUGGCAGAGCUGAACUUCUCUCUUCAAUCUUCCUCCUGGCUGCAUUCCUUGCCUACACAAAAUCAACAGGUGCAGACCACUCCAUUGUUUGGGCACCCAUCGCUUUGACAGUAGUUUUAGUCGCUGCAGCAACACUGUGCAAAGAGCAGGGAAUCACUGUCGUUGGCAUCUGCUGUGUCCAUGAAGUGUUUGUUGCACAAGGGUUUACCCUGCCCAUGCUGUUGGACACACUGCGGCAAGUUGUGCAGGGUAAAGAUGGUUUUCCCUACGCUCUCCUCCAAACUCUGGUGAAGCUCAUUGUCCUCGUCAUCAGCACCCUGCUGCUCGUCAUCGUCAGGGUCCAAGUCAUCCAGUCACAGCUUCCUGUCUUCACCAGAUUUGAUAACCCAGCGGCAGUCAGCCCCACUCCUACAAGACAACUCACUUUCAAUUACCUACUUCCUCUCAAUGCAUGGCUUCUGCUGAAUCCCUCAGAGCUUUGCUGCGACUGGACCAUGGGCACCAUCCCUCUGGUGGAGUCACUUGUAGAUCUUCGCAACCUGGCCACCCUGGUCUUCUACACUUUUCUCGGCCUGUUGGCCUAUUACAGCCUGCGCAACAGACACAGCUCUGCCAAGACUGUCAUCAUGGCCCUGUCUUUGAUCGUCCUUCCUUUUAUUCCUGCAUCCAACCUCUUCUUCCCUGUGGGUUUCGUUGUGGCAGAGAGGGUACUUUAUGUGCCCAGUAUGGGCUUCUGUGUUCUUGUUGCACAUGGGUUCAAGAUUGUCUCGCAUAAAGGUCACUUGAAGAUGUCCUGGCUGAUGAUUGGAGUGCUUUUAACUACACAUGCAGUGAAAACCUUCAACAGGAACUGGGACUGGGAGUCAGAAUAUACUCUGUUCACCUCUGCCCUUAAGGUUAACAAGAACAAUGCCAAGUUGUGGAACAAUGUUGGCCAUGCUCUAGAGAACCAAAAUAAUUAUGAAAAGGCCUUGCAGUUUUUUCUCCAGGCCACUCGUGUCCAGCCAGAUGACAUUGGUGCUCACAUGAAUGUUGGAAGAACCUACAAGAACUUGAACAAGUCCAAAGAGGCAGAAGAGGCCUACUUGGUUGCCAAAUCCCUCAUGCCACAGGUUAUUCCUGGUAAGAAGUAUGCGACUCGUGUGGCUCCUAACCAUCUGAACGUUUACAUAAAUCUGGCCAAUCUGAUUCGGGCCAACGAAUCGCGUCUAGAAGAGGCCGACCAGCUCUACCGACAAGCGAUCAGCAUGAGACCAGACUUCAAACAAGCAUACAUUAGCAGAGGGGAGCUCCUACUGAAGAUGAACAAGCUCACAGAGGCCCGGGACGCCUACCUCCGAGCCUUGGAGCUUGAUCGUGCCAAUGCUGAUCUGUGGUACAACCUGGCUAUCGUCAAUAUUGAAAUGAAGGACCCAUCAGAGGCCCUGAAGAACUUCAACCACGCCCUGGACCUCAACCCACGCCACAAGCUGGCGCUCUUCAACUCGGCACUUCUCAUGCAGGAGUCAGGUGAUCCAAAGUUCUGGCCUGAGGCUAACCGUAGAUUCCUCACCUAUGUGGAGGAGGAGCCUGAAGACGCCAACGGCUACUUCAACCUUGGUAUGCUAGCAAUGGACGCCAAUGAAAAUGCAGCAGCCGAGAGGUGGAUGCGCAAAGCCAUCGGUUUGCAGGCCGGCUUCCGCAGUGCUCUGUUUAACCUGGCGUUGCUUUACUCUCAGUCCAAACGUGAGAUUAAUGCAUUGCCUGUGUUGGACGAACUCCUGCGCCACCACCCGGAGCACAUCAAGGGUCUGAUUCUGAAGGGCGACAUCCUCAUGAACCACAAGAAGGACACAAAUGGAGCCAAAGCCUGCUUUGAGCGCAUUUUACACAUGGACCCCACCAAUGUUCAAGGCAAGCACAAUUUGUGCGUGGUAUACUUCGAGGAGCGUGACCUGCCACGGGCCGAGCGCUGCCUGGAGGAAACACUGGCCCUGGCACCAAACGAGGAGUAUGUGCGUCGUCACUUGAGCAUUGUGCGCAGUAAAAUGGCUGCCAUGAGCUCAGCAGGGCAUCCGCUUACUUCAGCAAAGGGAGCCACUGUGACAGCCAAGCAGGAAGAGCUGAGCAAAGUCAAGGAAGUGAUUGAGGAGGUUGCUGAGGGUGGGGAGGAAGGGAGGGGUGUUGAUGCUGUUGGAAAUGGGGCUGGGGAUGAGAAGAAUGUGCGGAAAUCCUCUGUAGAAAGCCUCGGCGGUGUGGGUGUGGAUAAACCAGAGUCUUUGGACAAUAGCCAGUCUGACAAGCGGACUAAGGGUAAGUCCACAAAAGAGAUUACAGAUAUAGAGAAAAAAAGAGCAGCUGCCUUGAAGAGACUAGAGGAGAUUGAGCGCAUAUUAAGUGGUGAUUGACAUUUUUGUUUAUAGCUGGACUACUUUUAUAGAGCUCUUUACGCAGUCUUAAUCAAUUGCCAUUUCGUUUGAUUUAAUCAUGCAGGGCCGCUCAGCAUGAUCUUGUUUUUCUAACACGGAUUGUGUAAAGAAGGGAAAUGGCACAUGAAACUAAUAAUAAUAAGCACAAAGCCAAUUUGGGAUAAUCUAUUUAAAGCUUAAGGCACAUGUAGAUGCGCGUGUGUGUGUGUGUGCGUGUGUGUGCGUGCAUGUGUGUGUGUACGUGUGUGUGUGUGUGUGUGUACGUGUACGCUUGAUAUAAAUGGGAUCUCGCAUAUCAUAGGUCUCCAGCAGUUAUACGUAUUUUCUUCUCUUUUUUUUUCAAAUGUGUAGUCAUUGUUUAUCACUGGAUUUUUCUUUUCUAUUUGUUCACUAAGAUGUGACUCACUUUGUGUUAUUGUCUUUAAAAACAGAAUGAUUGUAUCAUGAACAAUUAAAGGAAAUGAUGUGUUCCCCAGAUUUCCUCAAGGCAGGAUGAUAUCUGCAGAGUCUGUGCCUCUGAAUGACCCAAACCACACUGAGAGCAAAAUAACCUGUUACCACAUCAACCUCGAGGCUCACGAUCCAUUUCGAUGUCUGCAAAUAUUUAUUGAUCUUUCCUGCCACUUCCUGUCGACUACAUCAUCAGCCUGUACGCUCACAGCUGCCUUCACUUCAAAAUUUGAUUGUGAUCCCAUUUAAAGACUAUUAUUUCAUUCCCUUUGUCACAUUACCUAAUUGCAUCUCCACGUCCGGCUGCCAACCUUUAGACACUGCAGCCUUAUUGUGUUUUUUUCCCAGAGAAUGUUUUAUUUUUCUCGGUAAACUGCCCCACUCAAAAGUCUUUGACCUGGGAAACGCCUAUACAGUGUGACCGUCAACAAUGAUGUACUCUCAUCCUCAGCGUCAGGCUUCAUCAUGUGUUCUUCAUUUUCCUCCCACUUCACAGGAGGAAUUUUUACAGCACAUUUGUGGAAAACAGAUCUCCUCCUUCAUCCUGCUCCACAGUAGCAAUGAUGUGUUAUCGUUCUGGUACUAAAAUAUCAUUUGGAUUUUCCACAUUUUUAGGUUUUUGUAGUGUCCUUUGUAUCCACUUUCUUCAGUAUUAUCACUCUGAGUUGAUAAAUACUCAGCGUCUCUCUGUAGUCACUUCCAAAAGCUUUGUCCAAGUAAACAAAUUAAAACUUGAAAUAAUCUCAAAACUUCACAAAUCCUUCCUGUUCCUGUUUGCGCUGGCUUCUCUCCUCUGUCACAACAACUCUGUUACGAUUGAAAGAACAAUUUGUGUUAUUGCACACGUGUGGAGCAUAGCCAAGGGGAGCCCCGAUGGUCAUGAACUUAACAAGAGCAGACCUGUGAUUAGCUGUGAGGCAGGUCCGUUGUGUUUAGCUCAUCACACCCAUUACAAAGCAACAGCUCUCAUGAUGUUCCAGUUUUUCGCUUCAAGGUGUAAUAAUUAGUUUUCAGCUCAAUGGUAAUGCUCAGUGCAAUUUUUCGAAGUGGUGUUAAGGAAAGAACACUGAUAACUGUCACUUAGGAGCCAUGCUUUGUAUUGACCCUGUUAAGUCCUGAAAUUCUAUGUACAUAUAAUUCCAGUGUUCUUUUCAUCCAGUGUUAUUUAUUCCUUUUUACAUGCACUGCAAAUGCUGUCACUGAUUUUUUUCACCGAUGACAGUAUGCUUUGAAUCCAUGGUGCAUUAUUUUGUCACUGCUCAUUUUUCCCAAUUACUCUAUUACUUGAUGUUUGGAACAUUAAAUCAGCAAGUCUGGCCCAAAGAAGUAGGUACAGCUUUGAACGAGGAAGCUUUUGGUUUGCAACAUAUUCUUUGUCACAUCAUUUUGCUGUGUGAAUGACUUUUUUUCUUGUACAAUUUCAGUUUUGUUUUUUUCAUGCAAUAACCCUUGGUGGUGGGGGUCUAGGUUAUUAAAUAAAGUGAGGUGACAACUCA